AUUUCUCCGCAAGCGGCGCACUUUAGGUGGAAAACCAGAUCUAAGGCUCAACUCUCACAGGUCCCAAUCUAGGGAACUAGUUGUACACUACUUGAACCCCACCCCUUCAUUUCUACACAUUCCCCAACAUAAUCACCCUUCACCACCCCCAUUAAAUUACACUAUUUCUCAUUUCUCUUUUCCCUUUCAUUUCUAGUUAUCCCCAAAAUAAGGCCUUAGCUGCACAGACCCUCCAAAGACUAGAGUUUUUCAAUGGAUCCCACCCUCAAAAAGCAACCUAAACCUACCCCUUUCUCAGCCACCAUCUCCACCACCAACACUAAACCCCACCACCCAACAGAUCCCACUCUCUCCUCACCCACUGUCCAAAACAUCUCUACUCACUUCUCUAAGCUCUAUGCAAACCACAAAAUACUCAAAUCUGGUCAUAGUAGACAUCCUCCUGUUGACACUCAUUUACAGGCCAAAACUCUUGCUGCUGCUAACACUGUUUUUGAUUCCUCUUGCUCUGCUUUGACCAAGUCAAAGAGCCAACAUAUGGGGAGGAGAUAUGUGGUAGAUGGGCAGAAAGAUAUUGAUAAAGCUAUUGUCUUGCACGAAAAAGGUGAAAUCAAGAAAGUACCUAAAAAGGAGAAGGAGUUGAAGAAAGAGGUGGAUGUUAAAAGGGCAUUAGCACUGUUAUCCAAGAGUCAAGAUAGUGAACAGUUGAAGGGGUUUCAACAAGGGGUUGGUGAUAAUAAGAUCAAAAGGACAUAUUUUUCUAGGAGGAAAUCAUUCAGCUGCACACAGGCUGAGUUGGCUGAUUUCUUCUCUUGCAAUGGUGUUAAAGUUGUGUCUGUGGAUAUGCCACCAUUUAUGCAGAUUCAUGCUGUAGAUUUUGCAAGAAAAGCUCAUGAUAGCUUGGAAAAGUUCUCAUCCAAAUCCCUUGGAUUUUCCCUCAAAAAGGAGUUUGAUGGGGUCUAUGGACCAGCAUGGCAUUGUGUAGUAGGGACCAGUUUUGGUUCUUUUGUCACACAUUCAGUAGGUGGUUUCAUCUAUUUCUCCAUGGAUCACAAGCUAUAUGUACUCCUAUUCAAGACUACCGUGCAAAAAGCAGAAUCAAGUUGAAAUCUUGAGGUGAAUUUUGUUUUAGCAUGGGGAAAUUUUUGGAAAAAGAAAUUUGCUAUCUAUCUUUGUAGUUCUGUACAUUAGCUUUAGCUUUAGCUUUGUUAAAAAAGCAAGGUAGUUUCUAUAGACCACCACGGCCCCUCAAAAUCAGCACCCUAUCCCUUUAACUGUCCCCUAAAAAAUUUAGCCCUCCAAAGAAGGGAGUACUGAUUAUUGGAAUACUGAGAAACAAAUUGUACACUGUUGCUAGAGAGAGUAGAUAAAGUAUUUAAUGGUGGUGUCCAUUGAGUGAUUGAUGCCUACUAGUAAAUGGACCAUCAAGGGUUCACAUGGCAUAUAGCUCUUUGUACUUGUGGAAUUAAAGAGGACAAGAGCUGUUCAAUGAAUUUUUGACUAUUUCCUCUCUAGUUA